GAAUGGAGGGCGAGGCCUAAAGGCAAGGAAGGAAGGGCUUCUGGUUGCUCUCUCUCUAACCAGAAUUUUCCUUCCCUGCUCCCUAGGAUUAAGAACAGGUUACUGGAUGAAGGAUGCCAGCUCUGGUUGUCAGCCACUAAUAGCAAUAAGAGUAAUGUUAACAGUGUCAUAGUAAGUAUUGCUGAUUGACAUUGGACAAAGAUGGCGACCACUGGGUUAAUGUGUUCCUGCAGCUGUGUCCGGCCUCUUGUUCUUUUACUGAGGACAGGGAUUCUAAAAACGAGUUCAUCCCAACUGCAUACAACAGUCAAGUCUGCUUCCAAGGAUUACUAUGAAGUUCUAGUGCUUGGUGGAGGCACUGGGGGAAUCACCAUGAGCGCACGGCUGAAGCGGAAAGUGGGAGCCGGCAAUGUGGCUGUAGUUGAACCUCAGGAGAAUCAUUAUUACCAGCCUCUCUGGACUUUGGUUGGGGCUGGGGCAAAACAGCUGGCACUGUCUUCACGUUCAACAGCAAGUGUGAUUCCUUCAGGGGUGAAAUGGAUUCAGUCCAGAGUGCAAAAACUAGAUCCAGAGAAGAACUGUGUCCAUUUGGAGAACGACCAAAAGAUAUCUUACAAGUAUUUGAUCAUUGCCCUUGGACUCCAGCUGCAUUUUGAAAAGAUCAAAGGCUUGCCUGAAGGUUUUAACUCACCUAAAAUAGGUUCCAAUUAUUCCAUUCACACAGUAGAGAAGACAUGGAAAGCUCUGCAGGAUUUCAAGGAAGGAAACGCCAUUUUCACCUUUCCAAACACCCCCGUGAAGUGUGCCGGAGCACCACAAAAGAUAAUGUACUUGUCGGAGGCAUACUUCAAAAAGACUGGAAAACGACCUAAAGCCAAUAUAAUCUUCAAUACUGCCCUCGGAGUGAUUUUUGGGGUUCAGAAGUAUGCGGAUGCUCUGCUAGAGAUUAUCAAGGCAAGGGAUAUCACUGUUAACUACAAGUGCAACCUUGUGGAAGUUCGAGCUGAUAAACAAGAAGCAGUUUUUGAGAAUUUGGACAAAGCUGGAGAAACAGAGGUUUAUCAGUAUGAAAUGCUUCAUGUCACCCCACCCAUGGGGCCCCCUGAAGUACUUCUGAACAGUCCAGUGUCUGAUGCAGCUGGCUGGCUUGAUAUAGACAAGGAGACACUGCAACAUAAGAAGUAUCCAAAUGUGUUUGGCAUUGGAGACUGCACCAAUCUCCCAACCUCCAAGACAGCUGCAGCUAUAGCUGGCCAGUCUGGCGUACUUGAUAAAACAAUUUCUUCCAUAAUGAAGGGCAAAACCCCAAGUAAGAAGUAUGAUGGCUACACAUCCUGUCCCCUGGUAACAAACUACAAUAGGGUAAUCCUAGCAGAGUUUGAUUACAACGCUCAACCUUUAGAAACAUUUCCCUUCGACCAGAGCAAGGAGCGGCUGAUAAGUUAUCACAUGAAAGCUAAUAUGAUGCCUUAUCUUUACUGGCAUGGGCUACUGAAGGGUUAUUGGGGUGGUCCAGCUCUAAUAAGAAAAUUGCUACACCUGGGAUUGAAAUGAUUUCCAUGGGAGCUACAAACUACACUAAACAGAGAACCAACCAGUUUUUAAGGAGCACUCAGAUUCUGCACUUUCACUGUCAGUAUCAAUAAAAUAGUUUUUAUGCUGUAUCUUAA